GCAGCUUCAACAGAAUGAGUCAGCUGUGACAGUUUGUUACUUAUUGGGAUGCGUUAGUGUCUCUUCGUGACAUCUUUCUGUGAAUGUAAACAUUGUAAAAAUGUUGAAGUUUACUCACUUAUCUUUAAUGUAUUGAUCUACCACUAAUAAUGAGUGAAAGAAAGUUUUCUCGUGGGCUUGGAAGACCAGGCAUGGCGGCACAGUUGCGUGAAACCGUCUCUCAGGUUGUUCGUGAGAGCACAGACCAGAUCAAACCAACACUUGUGGAACCAAUUGAUUUUGAGAGUUACAUCCUCAAAAACAAAACACUAAUACAGAAUGAUCCUCAACGUGAGCUGCUCCUCUACCCACCUGAUGAUGUAUCGCAUGUUGUGUUACCACGCAAGUUUCGUACUGUCCACCCCAACAUACCACACAGUGCAGAGGUCAAGGAGUGCUGUCUGUUUGUGCGGGAAUGUCUCAAGAGCUACACCUCCAACUGGACCCUCAUACACUACAAAUAUAGUGCCUACUCUGGCAGCUAUUUAGAACUGCCAAAAAUUUUAAAAUCAGACGAACUGAAAGAUGAAGUGUAUGAAGUUGACACUGAUGCUGACCAGUUGGAUGAGGAACUGUCUCCAAAACAGGAUGGUAUAACCAAGCAAGGAUAUUUGAUGAAGGGUCCUGAAGUUGGAAAUGACCGAAUGUUUGUUAAUAUUGGAUCAAAGUCGUUUAAGCGUCGUUACUGCUAUCUCAGGAGAGAAGUGGAUGGAACAUACAUUCUUGAAUUGCAUAAAGACGAGAAAAAGGGAGAAGCAAAAGUAACAAUCGUAAUGGAUUUUUGCACAGAAGUUGUGAGGAACUCAAAACGAAGCCGUUACUGUUUUGAAUUGAGGAUGACGGCAGGACACAAGUCAUACACAUUGGCAGCGGAGUCCGAGGCUGAGCUGAUGGACUGGAUUUCAAAACUGCAACAAGUACUGCAACAGAACCGGUUACAGGAGGAGAAAAGAGCUGCCUCUUUGGAAAGAGCAACAACAGUAACACCCUCAGCAACGAUAGUACCUCUUUAUGGGACCCUGAAGGGUCUGGAGCAAAGUGUCAAUCCCCAGUUGAUGAAGUAUGCAAGAGAGACGGACUCAUCUAUAGCUCUGGCCAGGAAAGACAACCGCAGGCGCCUCUUUAGUGUGUAUCCCUUCAUGCCGCUAUCAAAAACCGGAGGAAAUCAACAAGCUCAAAGUGAAACCAGUGUUGAACCUUAUAGAGAACAUUUUGGUCAGAGGUUUCUAGUCCGAUGUGAAAAUAUCAAGUUUAGAUUGCAAGCACCUAUCAAUGGCGACAGAGAAAUUUUGUGUCAGGUGGAGCCUUAUUUAACUACACUAGCUCUCUAUGAUGCCAAAGAAGGUAGAAAACUGACAGAGGACUUCCACUUAGAUGUAAACCACAGUGUGGUGUCGGGCCUGCUGGCGGAUCCCGAGGGAAUGUCAGAGAAUAUUCUCGGAGACUUGUUGUCAGGUCCUCUGAGGCCGAGACAGGCAGUAUUCAGUGUGAGCAAGCCACACUCGGACAUAUACAUCGUGCUGAGGAUAGACAAGAUACUGCAGGGCAGCAUCAGCCAGGUGUCGGAGCCUUACCUGCGCUCCGCCAAGGAUCCAAGACUUGGACUCAAAGUACACAAAGCUGUCAAGUCUUGCUGUCAAAGGUUAGGCAAGUACCGAAUGCCAUUUGCUUGGACAGCUCGUCCACUAUUCAGACUGUACAGCAAUGAGCUUGAUGUCUCCUCUGAAUUUCCGGCUAUCUACAGACAAGAGGCUGGCAAACUGAAGGAUGAAGAACUUCUCAAGAUCUUAGCGGAAUACCGGAAGCCUGACAGACUGAACAAGUUGACUGCCAUCCCAGGGAGGGCCCUCAUCAGGGUGGAAGCUCUCACAGAACUGCCAGAUAAUUGUCUGACGAGUGCUCUGUCACCGCUGAAACCAUUUAAUGCGGCACCCAGCAGGGAAGUGACGUUAGAGAUAGCAGAACUGUGUCCUGAGGCACAACCUUUCACAUCAUAUAUAAACCAUCUCUACGUCUACCCCCAGAGUCUGGCCUUUGAUACACAGAAGAUGUUCACGAGAGCACGCAAUAUCGCAUGCACUGUUCAACUGAGAGAUGACGACGGGGAGAACGCACAGCCACUUACUUGUAUCUAUGGGCGGAGUGGACUGUUGGUCAGUGGUGCCACCUGUUGUGUUUUGCAUCACACAACCAACCCGGCUUGGUAUGAUGAGAUAAAGUUUCGUCUACCUGCCAAGCUAACAUCUCAACACCACCUGCUGUUUACGUUCACUCAUAUCUCUAUCGAGGGCUCAAAAAAACGAGACACAGGACCAGAGAACCCAGUUGGGUAUGCUUGGAUGCCUCUUCUGCAAAAAGGAAGGCUCAAUGUGGAAGACCAGACUAUUCCGGUUGCAGCCAACUUGCCACCAAGCUACCUAUCGGUGCAACCUCUUGGGCUUGGAAAAGGAUAUGCUGGGCCAGAAGUGACAUGGAUAGACAACCAGAAGCCUAUUUUUGCUGUCAGCUUCCAGCUGAUUUCCACUGUGUAUUCAAGAGACCAGCAUCUGCAGAACCUGUUCGCACACGCUGAGCGGCUGCAUGAGCCCAAGACUGGUGCCAGCCUUCCACCAGAGACUGAGACAUGUAAAAUACUCAAGGCGACUCAUGCUAUACAGCUGAACACUGCCAUAGAAUUCCUACCCACCCUACUCAACCAGCUGUUCAGCUUAUUGGUCUUGUCGCCUAGUCCUGAUGUUGGCCUCAAUGUCAUCCGACUGUUGGUACACCUGGUUCAUUUAGUGCAGGAAGCUGGCCGUGGCGACACACUCUGCACAUACGUCAAGUUUGUGUUUGCUGUGGAGAGUGUAGCAUCACGCACUGUCCACGAGGAGCUCUGUACCCAUCUUCCCUCAUUGCUCAAACCCGAGAACACAGACUUUCUUUUGGUCAACAAGUUUCUACCCCAUUCUGGAUUCUUUUUUCAAAUUAUUGUUAAGAGUAUGGCUCAGCAUUUGCUCACAACUGGCAGAAUCAAGAUGCACCGAAAUGAACGCUUCCCAGCUGACUUCCUCAAGAAAGUGGAAGCUUUGCUCAAUGUUCUAACGCCGUACCUGAACACAAAGCACCGUGAAAUGCCUCAAGAAACACUGCAACUCAAUACUAACAUUGCUCACUUUCUCAAGAAAUGUUUGACUUUCCUGGACCGAGGUUUUGUCUUCCGCAUGAUCAAUGCUCAUCUGGCCAGUUUCACCGCUGCAGAAAGCCGAGGUCUGCAGGACCUCAAAUUGACGUUCUUGCAGAUCAUCACAUCACACGAGCACUUUGUGUCUUUCAACUUGCCUUUACUCAUACGCACAGUCGGCUGUUGUGUUUCAGACGAGUGGAGCCUGACGGAGGGCUAUUGUCGACAACACUACCUUGUGGGGUUGCUGCUGCUGGAGGUGCGAGCAGCGCUAGGACAGGUGGUGCAGGUGCGGAAAGCAGCCAUCACCAUCCUACGGGAUCUUCUUGCUAAGCAUGAGCUGGAUGACCGCUACCAGAGCAAGGGUCAGCUUGCUCGUAUAAGCGCCAUGUACAUACCUUGGUUGAGCCUGGUGUUGGAAAAUUUACAACGACUGAGUGCGGUGGUUUCGGCCAACCAACAGUCCCAGUCGCUCAGUCACAUCGCCAGUAGCAACAGUUCUAUUGGAACUCCGCAACACAGCUUCCAGCGUUCUACAGCCUCCACAGUCUCGGCUACCAGGGCUUCCAUCAAUCUGCAUCUCCGGGACUCCACCUACUUUGCCGCUAUUGCCGGGCAAGGGAUGCUGAAUGGAGCGGGAUCUUCCGGUAGUCUGGACUCAGAAGCCUCUACUGUGUCUGGAGAUGGGACAUCUACAGUCUCUCAGGAGACAGCAAUCCGACAGGACCUCAACUGUUCCUCCUCCAGACACUCUAGGUCUGUGAGUGGAACACAGGUGGUGAGGUGUGACAGACUGCAAGCUGCCGAGGUCAAGGACAUCCUAGUAUGUUUCUUAUUUGUGCUGAAACAUCUCAGCCAUGACCAGAUGAUAGCGUGGUGGCAGCACUGCUCCCAGACUGACAUCCUCAACUUCUUUAAAAUUAUCGAGCUGAGCUUGCACGAGUUCAAAUACACUGGACGAAGGCAGAUUGCUGGAACAGUGAAUGGUCCUGCAGCCCCCACCAAGAGCACCACCAAGGCCAUGACGCUCCCCGCCAGGAUGCAACCUCCGGACUUCUCUGGGGACUCACCCAUUCUGCCCCCACACAACACACUUAGCGGCAGUAAUAGUGUCGGACGGGAGAACAUGGCUCACAGAGAGAACGAGUCCAGUACCUUGUACCAAGCUCUGCUGGAGGCCAACCUGGCUACAGAGGUGGGUCUGACUGCACUGGACUCAUUGGGCCUCUACUGUCUUCACUUCCGUGAGGUGCUGAUGAGCGAUGAGGGAGACAAUCCGGUCAUGAAGGCAGUAUUUGAUCUUUACCUGAGCUUCCUGCAGGUUGGACAAUCUGAGACAUUGUUCAGACAUGUCUUUGCUGCCCUCAGAGCAUUCAUCAACAACUUCUCUCUGGCACUGUUUCAGGGCAAUGCCAUGUUGUGUGGCAGACUGUGCUUGGAACUGUUGCGAUGCUGUAAUAGUCGGCUGUCUGCCAUCCGGCAAGAGUCCUGUGCUAUCCUUUACCUGCUCAUGAGAAGCAACUUUGAGUUCUCCAACAGGAAAGGGCUCACCAGGGUGCACUUACAGGUUAUAAUCUCUGUGUCUCAGUUGUUGGGCAACAUCGUGGGGUUGAACAAUGCCCGUUUCCAGGAGUCUCUGUCCCUCAUCAACUCCUACGCCAACAGUGACAAAGUCAUGAAGGGGACAGGGUUUCCGGUGGAAGUGAAGGACCUUACCAGGCGUAUCCGGACUGUACUGAUGGCUACGGCACAGAUGCGAGAGUUGCAUCAUGACCCAGAGAUGUUGGUAGACUUGCAGCACAACUUGCAGCACAGUCUAGCAAACUCGUACGCCUCCACACCUGAAUUGCGGUUUACAUGGCUUCAGACCAUGACUAGACAUCAUGCUAAGGAAGGCAAUUUCUCUGAGGCAGCCUGCUGCCAACUACAUAUUGCUGCCCUGAUGGCACAGUAUCUGAAACUGAAGGAGGUACAGACAUGGGGGGCUGAGGCUUUCCAGCCUAUCUCUUCCAACAUACCACGUGAUGAGAUCGCUCUCAAAUUGGACUCAGGUGUCCAUGAGGUUCAGUACACGGAACAGUUGCUGCUGGAGCAGCUGGAAGUAUGUGCUGAAUAUGUAGAGAAGGCUGAGCGAUACGAAUGUCUGGGUGAUCUGUACCGAUUGAUCGUGCCGAUACACGAGCGCCGCCGCAACUUCCAGGCACUAGCCCAGAGUUACCAAGCACUACACCAGGCGUAUACAAAGCUGGUGCAGGUGCAGCGGUCAGGCAGGCGCCUCCUCGGCCGAUUCUACAGAGUCGCUCUCUUUGGUCAGGCAUAUUUUGAAGACGAGAGCGGUGUAGAGUUUGUGUACAAAGAGCCUAAAGUCACAUCUCUGAGUGAAGUAUCUGAGAGACUUCUACAUCAGUACAGCAACAAGUUUGGAGCUGACUGUGUCAAAAUAAUCAUGGAUUCAGCUCCGAUGGCAGCUUGUGACUUGGAUCCAAAACUCGCCCAUGUUCAGGUGACUCAUGUCACGCCUUACUUCGACAAGACUGAGGCAGAGGAGCGACAGACAGAGUUCGAGCAAGCUCAUGAUGUCCGACGCUUCAUGUAUGAGACACCAUUCACUCUGGACGGCAAACCUAGAGGGACACCUAGUCAGCAGUGGAAGAGAAGAACAGUCCUGACCACUGAAUACUCAUUUCCUUAUGUAAAGAAACGACUUCGGGUGAUAGAGCGGACGGAAAGUGAGCUGAGUCCAAUAGAAACAGCAAUAGAUGAGAUGCGACAGAGAGUUUCGGAACUAGCAGAUGUUGUAUGUUCUCAGCCUCCCGAUGUCAAGAAACUACAGCUUAGACUCCAGGGCAGUGUAUGUGUGCAAGUGAAUGCUGGGCCACAGGCAUAUGCUAAUGCCUUUUUAGAGCCCAGUCAGGCUUUGCAAUUUCCAGAUGAAAAAGUUGAAGAACUAAAGGAUGUUUUCAGAGAGUUUGUGCGGGUGUGCUACGCAGCGCUGCAGUUAAACAGCCAAGUGAUGCGAUCAGAUCAGGCUGAGUAUCAAGCAGCACUGAAGCAGAACUUCCACAAGUUUGUGGUAGAGUUGUCAGCCCUGCUGGCAGAGUCCCUGUGGCCCGACCAGGAGGUGGGUUCAUUCAAACGCAACAGUCAGGCACUGUUCAGUGCUAUCAGUGGCGCCAACAGUAACUCCAGCGCCGCCUAGACAUUCCACCUCGUUCCUGCUGCAGGGUGGCCACCACUACCACAUCGGUUAUCCACAUUGAAGCAUUUGUGAAAUAGGAUAAUUCAAAGGUUCAUUUAUCACUUAUGUUCACAAGAUUCCACAGAUUUAUACAAAAUACUUUAAAAAUAUAUAUGUAAUUUAUAUUAGAAAAGGUAUUGUGUAAUGCCUUAAAGCAAAGUUCAAGGAAGUAUAUAGUUUUUAAACCAUGACUUCUAACAACAUUUAUUACUUUUAGC